UCCCUCCCGGGGGUCUGUCGGUCGGCUCCCCGCCUCGGGCUCCCGGCGGCCGGGCGGGCUCCGCACUGCCCAGCUCUGCGCGGCCAUGGACGGGCGGGCGGGCAGCGCGCGGCCCGGGGAGGGCCAGGGGCCGUCCGCGUCUCAGCAGCCGCCGCCUCCGCCGCAGCCUUCUCCGCAGCAGCCUCAGUGUCCACCUAAGCCGGAGCCUCCGCAGCCACAGUCGGAACCGCAGCCGCAGCCUCCUCAGCCGCCGCAGCCGCCGCAGCCCGAGCGGGAGCGAGAGCGCGAGCCGGGCCCGGGCCCGGGGGGCUCCGGGGGGCCCGGCAGUCCCGGGGGCCCGGAGCCCGUGGCUGAGCCGGAGCCUGGCGGCCGGGCCCGGGGCAGCCUGGGCGCGCGGCCCGGGAAGCCGCCCCCCGGCUCGGCCGCGGCCAAGGGCAGCCCGAACGGCGAGUGCCGACGCGGAGGGGAGCCUCCGCAGUGCAGCCCGAGCCCCGGCCCCGGCCCCGGCCCGUGCCCCUCGGAGGAUGUGGCCGCCGCCGCCGCCGCUGCGCGGGGCCCCAAGGUCUCCUUCUCAUGCGCGCCCGGCUCCGGCCCUGCCUCGGGUCCCGGCUCCCCAGGGCCCGUGCUCAAGGCGGGCGACGAGGCGGGGCCCGGGGACUGCGACGAGGCCGGCCCCGGCGGGGAGGCGCGGGGCAGCCAGGCCAGCUUCCUGCAGCGCCAGUUCGGGGCCAUGCUCCAGCCCGGGGUCAACAAGUUCUCCCUGCGCAUGUUCGGCAGCCAGAAGGCCGUGGAGAGGGAGCAGGAGCGCGUCAAGUCGGCGGGGGCCUGGAUCAUCCACCCCUACAGCGACUUCAGGUUCUACUGGGACUUCACAAUGUUGCUGUUCAUGGUGGGAAACCUGAUCAUCAUUCCGGUGGGCAUCACCUUCUUCAAGGAUGAGACCACAGCCCCAUGGAUAGUGUUCAAUGUGGUCUCAGAUACCUUCUUCCUCAUGGACCUGGUUCUGAACUUCCGCACUGGUAUCGUCAUAGAGGACAACACUGAAAUCAUCCUGGACCCUGAGAAGAUCAAGAAGAAAUAUCUUCGCACAUGGUUUGUGGUGGACUUUGUGUCCUCUAUCCCCGUGGAUUACAUCUUCCUCAUUGUAGAGAAGGGCAUCGACUCAGAGGUCUACAAGACUGCCCGCGCCUUGCGUAUUGUCCGUUUUACCAAGAUCCUCAGUCUCCUGCGCCUGCUGCGUCUUUCCCGCCUCAUCCGAUAUAUCCACCAGUGGGAAGAGAUCUUCCACAUGACCUAUGACCUGGCCAGUGCUGUCAUGCGUAUCUUCAACCUUAUUAGCAUGAUGCUACUUCUGUGCCACUGGGAUGGCUGCCUCCAGUUCCUGGUACCCAUGCUACAGGACUUCCCCAAAAACUGCUGGGUCUCCAUCAAUGGCAUGGUGAACCACUCCUGGAGUGAGCUCUACUCCUUCGCCCUGUUCAAGGCCAUGAGCCACAUGCUGUGCAUUGGGUAUGGGCGCCAGGCUCCCGAGAGCAUGACCGACAUCUGGCUGACCAUGCUGAGCAUGAUCGUGGGGGCCACCUGCUAUGCCAUGUUCAUUGGCCACGCCACGGCCCUCAUCCAGUCCCUGGACUCCUCCAGGCGUCAGUAUCAGGAGAAGUAUAAGCAGGUGGAGCAGUACAUGUCUUUCCACAAGUUGCCCGCUGACUUCCGGCAGAAGAUUCACGACUACUAUGAGCAUCGGUACCAAGGCAAGAUGUUCGAUGAGGACAGCAUCCUGGGCGAGCUGAAUGGGCCCCUGCGAGAGGAGAUCGUGAACUUCAACUGCCGGAAGCUGGUGGCCUCCAUGCCGCUCUUCGCCAACGCAGACCCCAACUUUGUCACGGCCAUGCUGACCAAGCUCAAAUUCGAGGUGUUUCAGCCCGGGGAUUACAUCAUCCGGGAGGGCACCAUCGGCAAGAAGAUGUACUUCAUUCAGCACGGCGUGGUCAGCGUCCUCACCAAGGGCAACAAGGAGAUGAAGCUCUCGGACGGCUCCUACUUUGGGGAGAUCUGCCUGCUGACCCGGGGCCGGCGCACGGCCAGCGUGCGGGCUGACACCUACUGCCGCCUCUACUCCUUGAGCGUGGACAACUUUAACGAGGUGCUGGAGGAGUACCCCAUGAUGCGGCGGGCCUUCGAGACGGUGGCCAUCGACCGGCUGGACAGGAUCGGCAAGAAGAACUCGAUCCUUCUGCACAAGGUGCAGCACGACCUGCACUCGGGGGUCUUCAACAACCAGGAGAACGAGAUCAUCCAGGAGAUCGUGAAGUACGACCGGGAGAUGGUCCAGCAGGCCGAGCUGGGCCAGCACGCCGGGCUCUACCCCGCGGCGCAGCCGCAGGUCACGUCGGCCAUCGCCACCCUGCAGCAGGCCGUGGCCAUGAGCUUCUGCCCGCAGAUGGCGAGCCCCCUGGUGGGUCCCCUGGCCCUGAGCUCCCCCCGGAUGAUGUACGCCCAGGCCGUGCCCAGCCCCUUCUCGGUGUCGCCCAUCCUGUUCCAGGCCCCGCCGCCGCCGCAGCCCCCCCCUCCCCCGGCUGCGGCCAGCCCCCCCUCCCAGAGCCCGCGGGCGAGCCGGACCUUCCCGUACGGGGCCAAGGGCGAGUCGGGCUCCCAGCUGUCCCUGGGCCCGGCCCGGGCCCCAGGCUCGCCCCAGCGGCCCGCGGCCCACAAGAGCACACAAGCCCUGCACACGCCCUGCCUGAGCCACGAGUCCAGGCCUCUGUCGGCCUCCCAGCCGUCCCUGCCCCAGCCCUCGGGCCCCACGCCGGGCCCUCCGCCCAGCACCUCCCGGGAGGCCAGCAGCUCCACGCCGCGCCUGGGGCCCGGCCCGACGCGCCUCGCCCUGCCGCACCAGCUGUCCAGCGGCUCCGUGUACGCGGGCCCCGGCCCGGCCCCGGUCCAGGACUCGGGGGCCGCCCGAAAGGAUUCUGCCGCCAGCGCCCACGAAGCGGACUCGGCCAGAUCGAGGCUGUCUUCCAACUUGUGACCCUCGCCUGGGCCUUGGGACGGGGCUGGCGGCCGUUCCCGGCCUCCUCUCUCCCUCGCCUCCCCAGGACUGAGGGGACCCGGAGGGGAGCUUCGGGGGGCACCGGGACCCGGGGGCCCCCCGCUGGGCCCGGCUCGGCCCGGCUCCGUCCUGUCAUCCAAGACCAAAGCCCUGUCUCAUUCCUGCUGACAUGUCGGGAGCGCCUCGGCCCUCUCCUCUGCAUCAUAGAAGCCAUAGACCUAUAGCAUAGACAUCCGUGCGUGUGUCCGUCCGUCCGUCCGUCCGUGUGCGUGUCUCCGUGUGCGUGAGGGGGCCCGAGCCCGGGCAAAGGAGACGUGGCCCAGUCCCUCGCGGGACCCCUCCCCGCCCCCUGCUGUCCCGCUCUUGGUUGGCCCCGAGAGAAGGCUUCUCUGUGCAUCCCCGGCUCGAGGCCUCGCUUUGCCUCUCCUAGAGAACUAUAGGACGUAGAGUACAAUGUAGAAAGUAGACCGUAGGCUAUGGGAGCUGGGAGGGACCCCAAAACGUAGAAUGCCGGAGCGGGAAGGGCCGGAGAGACUGGCUAGUCCCUCAUUUUUUUAGAUGGGGAAACUGAGUCACAGAAAGGAAAGGAUUUGCGCGAGGUCGUGGCAGAGCCCAAGUCUGAGUCCAAGACUGCGGUUCUUUCCUUCGUGCUACGCCGCCUGCCAUACCUAGGUUGGUAGGUUUCCUGCUCCCCUAAAAAUAAAAAAUAAUUUUUUUUACAUGAGAAGGGGCCCCCUACCAAUUUUCCACUUUCCUCGUCCCUGACCCCUCCAAGAUAUUAGGGACUCUAGCCCCUUGCUUUCCUUCCUUUCUCCUCUGAGCCACCCUCGGCAUCAAGGUUAGGGGGGCUUAUGUCACCUCUGUGCCUCAGUUUCCCCAUCUGUAAAAUGGGGGAAGAAUGCUACCCUGCCUCUCCUAGGGUAGGUGCUUGGGGAUCCUCAAAGGGGUGGUGGUCCACUGGCUGCUGGUCCCUUGGAUCUCUUCCCAGAAACCCCAAACAAGACCCGGGUUGUCCCACUAUUCUGGGGACUUUGAGGAGGUCAGGCAGCUUUGCAGAGGCCCCCUUGCCCUGGUGUGUUUCCCUAGGUCUGUGUCCCCUCCUCAGUUUGUUUUUUUGUUAAGCGUAGUGUCCAGCCCAACUGAGCUGCCGCCCUGCCUUCCCACUGCCCCUGCCUUUGCCUGGUGACCCUGAGACGGGUUGUGGAGGGCACCACGGCCCUCUGGGCAGCGCGUGGUCAUGCUGUCUGUCCUGGUGUGCUUGUGGCGCGUGCGUGCGUGUGUGCGUGUGGCGUCUGCAUGUCUUGAACUCAGAACCCACAGUCCGGCCAUACUGGAGCUCAGGGGACAUGGGGAGACAGGAUGGCUUAGGGGGAAAGCUCCAAGCGGCGUGGGCAAGGCUGGAGGAUGGAGCCCGGCUCUGAGGCCCCCUCUGCCCACCAGCCUCCCAUUUCUCAUCGGUGGGGAGUGAGGAAGCAGCGGCUCCCAGCCAGAGGCUCCGAGCUGGGCACAGAAGGAGGACCUCCCUGCCUCCGCCGGAGCCUGCUCGUUCCUUGGAGGGGGGAGAGGGGGCGCUGCUGCGGAACCUUUGGCUCGGGGUCCUCGGCCCACACUGAGUUUUAUCAGAUCACUCAGCCCGUUCCCUCAUCGUGCAGCCUUUCUCCCUGAGGCUUCCCUCCCUGGGUGGGCGGGCAUCACUUUCCACUCCCUCACCCACCCAGCUGCUGCCAUUCUGUUGAAUGUAUAACUGACGAUAGGACAAAAAGGUAGCAACUCUCCAAUCUUGUCUCCGACUAACCUUGGGGGGCCCCUCGGGAGACCCCCCGCCCACUUCCACCCCAUCCCGUGCAAUAAACAUGAGUGCAUUGGC